AUGGGGAUGGGAGAAGCAGCUGCAGGCGUGCCUCAACGCCAUUGGUUGCAUGCAGAGGAGAGAGAGAUAAAGACAGAGAGAGAAAGAGAGAGAGAGAGGAAGAAGAGGAAGAAGAAGAAAGAAGAAGAAGAAGAACAAGGUGGAGAAGAAGAAGAGAAGAUCCAGAGGCGGAUCGGGUUCGGGCUAGAGCGGGGUAGGCUAGGAACGGGGUCAGCCGGGUCGUCUAAAAUCUGUAACCUUCGGGGAAGGUUAUGCUGGCAGAUCUCUUUUGUGUGUAAGAUUGUGAUGGGUAACCUUCGGGGAAGGUUAUGCCGUCAGAUCUUGUUUCAUGGCUAUGCCGCUAAACCUCGAGUGCAUGCUAACAUGGUGGUGCGUAAGGCCCAUAUGUUGAGUAUGACUCCGAUGUGGAAAGAUCACGGACGGCUGAGCCGCCAGAUCUUUCGAGGUUCGUGUGGGUACUCUUCCGAGGCAAGGGAAGCUCUGCCGCAGAACCGAGGGUAUGAGGCAUAG